AUGGCAUCAUCCUUUAACAUAAUCCAAAUCAAUUCCUCACUUAAUAUGAGUAGUUCUCUACUAAGCACAUCAAGUAGUGAAGAAAAUGAUCAGUCUUUAAAAAUUCAUACUGAUUAUGAUACUCAAAUACGGAAAAAACAAAAGAAACGUGGUACUGAUUCAAGUUUUCCUUCAUUAAAAUAUCCCGAUUUUCCCGUAAAAACUCAAUGUACUAGUUGUAGCAAACUAGUUACGACACAGAUUCAUCAUAAAAACGGUAAAUUUGCAUACAUAUUAGCCAUGGGACUAUUUGGUUUGACAGUGGUGCUGUUUUGGGUUCCCUUUGUUGUGGAUUCUUGUAAAGAUAAGUUAUUGACCAUUUGUGCAACUCUUACAAUUCGAGAAGUCCCUUACUCUUGUCAAAAUGAUAUUCUGGACGAUAAUUCGGAAUUUUCAUUGCUCGAAAAUUUCAAUGAUUAUAUCGAUAGUUAUGUUUAUUUAGAUUCCCAAAAUGAUACUAUUGAAGAAUUUCUUAAUCCUCCUAUUGUUCUAAAUUUAUGUUCAUUACCAACUGAAGUACUUUUAAAAAUUUUAUAUGAACUUAUUUUAUCUGAAUAUCCUAAUCCACCAAAGACUGCUGUAACUUCUUUACCAUUAGUAUGCAAAAUUUUUUAUAAAUUAUCAAAUGAUCGUAUAGUAUGGGAACAAGUUUUUAUGUCUGAAUAUGAUAUUUCUGCAAGAAAACGACGUUUUGUUACUUCAAAUUUUCGAAAAAUUUUUUUUCAACGUUCUCAAUUAAAUGUUGAUAAUAUGGAUUCUAGUCUUUUCGCUUUAGAAAAUUGUUCUAUCAAUGAUUUAUCUAUAAAUGAAUCAACUUUAAAUAAUAUCUUAAAUGCUUUGACGUGCUUAUGGGUUCUUGUUUCAGAAAAUGAUGGAAGAAAUUCCAAAAAACUUCUUGAAAUGCGUGCUCCGGAAUUUUGUUCUCAAGUCUUUCAUUUAUUAUAUGCUGACAUGGACUCUACUUUGAAGCAUCUUGCUUGUAUAUUUAUAUCUAUAAAAAUCAUUUCAAUGUUAUUAGUCUUUGGUUUGGGUCCGUUUGAUAGUAUUAUAGAGAGCAUUGCUGUCAAAUUACGUGGACGAGUAAUUCGUUGGCUUCCUAAUAAUGAUGCGGUUUUUCCUAUGCUUGAUUGUCAUGCCUUGCAUAUUUACCUUUUAUACUUUUCUUAUGAAGAAAGAAAACCUAUUGUUCCUGAAUCUUGUAUUUUUGAUUCAAGAAAAUGUGAUAAAUGGUUACAAUGGACUCACAUGGUUGAUGUAUAUUCUUCAAAUAAAAUUUUAUGGUGCCUUCGAAAUGAUGGUUAUGAUUGGCCUAAAAGUCCUCAAAAAUAUUGGACAGGUUUAAUUACAGAUAAAGAAAUCUUAUCAAUAGAAAGGUUACUUCUCGGAGAUUUUAAUUUUAGAGAACUUGAAGUAGUUUCCGAACAUAGUGAAGUGGGAUUUGAAUAUAUUGUUGAAAGAACUGAUCCGAAUUAUGUUGAUAAUGCAAAGUAUUACAUUUUAGAUGGUUCAAUGACUGAUGAUACUGGUAAAGAAUUUUUUAUUGAAGGUGAAUCUAUUCCAAUUGAUAAAG